UCCUGGUCGGAGCGUAGCUGUUCCUAGGGGAGGUGAGAGGUGGAUCAGCAUGGAACCUUUCGACAGCCCUGCAGCCUAGAGCCAGCCGUGCUGCUCACUUCCGAGCUGAGCUUUCUCCGAGGCGCAAACAGGAGAACCAGCCGUGCAACUGGAAUUUGAAGUUCCGGGGUGGGCGGGGAAGGUACUGUCCGUGGUGCUGAGCCGGAUCCCGGCAACCGGCUCCGGGGAGAGCGCGAAGCCGCUGAUCCGCUCCCUCGAAUUGGGGCGGUCGGCUAGGGUAGCUUGAAGCUGAAACCCUCGCCCAGCUCAAAAAGCCUGCAGAGCCUCCCCAGUCACCGGCGCUUGGCCCUUAUUUCAGUCAGAAAAUCGCCCCCUUGGGGCAGUUCGUCCCAAAGGGUUUCCUCGAAAGUGUCUGAGAGGGCGCAGUUCUUGACCGAGGGAAUCUCUCUGUUUAGCCGUGGAAGCCAUCCUCUGAAAAAGAUGCCUGCCUUCAACAGAUUGUUUCCCCUGGCUUCCCUCGUGCUCAUCUUCUGGGCCCAUGUCUGCUUCCCCGUGUGUGUCGAAGUGCCCUCGGAGACGGAGGCCGUUCAGGGCAACCCCAUGAAGCUGCGCUGCAUCUCCUGCAUGAAGAGGGAGGAGGUGGAGGCCACCACGGUGGUGGAAUGGUUCUACAGGCCUGAGGGCGGUAAAGAUUUCCUUAUCUAUGAGUAUCGGAAUGGCCACCAGGAGGUGGAAAGCCCCUUCCAGGGACGCCUGCAGUGGAAUGGGAGCAAGGACUUGCAGGACGUGUCCAUCACUGUGCUCAACGUCACCCUGAACGACUCUGGCCUCUACACCUGCAAUGUGUCCCGGGAGUUUGAGUUUGAGGCACAUCGCCCCUUUGUGAAGACCACACGGCUGAUCCCCCUCCGAGUCACCGAGGAGGCUGGAGAGGACUUCACCUCUGUGGUCUCAGAAAUCAUGAUGUACAUUCUCCUGGUCUUCCUCACCUUGUGGCUGCUGAUCGAGAUGAUAUAUUGCUACAGGAAGGUCUCAAAGGCGGAAGAGGCAGCCCAAGAAAAUGCGUCUGACUACCUUGCCAUCCCAUCAGAGAACAAGGAGAACUCUGCAGUCCCAGUGGAGGAAUAGCAGAGAAGGGGUGUGACUUGAGGUG